CAAUUGCAAUAAAUUAAAAAAGGCUACUGUAACCUAUGAAUGAAGUUGAACUUAUUAAUUAAAACGCUUGUUUUUUCCUUUAAUUUAAAGUUUGAGAUCAGAAAAAACACCAAUAAUUAUUGAGGCUGCGCGUGAAUUGAAUAUUUUUUUGUGUCGAAAUUGUGUUAAUCAAAGUGACGAAACAAGGUUUGCAAUAGAAAAACAAAUACGGCAUUGAGGUUGAUAAUUUAUAUUUUAAAGUCAUACUAAAUCUUCCUUCUCCUUUGGUAUUAUUAAACCCACAAACGUUGCAUCUAAAAGCGCAAUGGAAUAGGAUGUUGUCCUCGGGAAAAGGAACUUUAAAAAUUCCUUUAGAAUUGUUUUCUCUAAAUAGAGAGAGGCUUGUAAAUCGCUUAAAGGAAAAUGGUAAUAGUGGAGUAGUUAUUUUGCAAGGUGGAGAGGAAGUAUCUUUCUAUGAUACGGAUACUACCUAUAAUGUAUUCCGACAGGAAUCAUAUUUCAUAUGGGCCUUUGGUGUGACAGAACCCGGCUGCUAUGGCGCGAUUGACAUAUUAUCAGGUGUAACAAUUUUAUUUAUACCUAGACACCCAGCUGAGUAUGCAUUCUGGAUGGGACCACUCCCAACCCCUUCAGAUUUUUCUACAAAAUACGGAAUUAGUAAAGUCUGUUAUGUAGAUGAGAUUAAAGAAGUUAUUGCUGGAUUGAAAUCCUCUCAAAUUUUAACUUUGAAAGGGUUAAAUACUGAUAGUCAUCUUACAGCCAAACCUGCAAGAUUUCCUGGGAUUGAAGAGUUUAAAAUUGAUGAGGAGUCACUGUUUCCUGUUAUAGCUGAUCUGAGAGUCUACAAAACCCCUCUGGAAAUAAGAGUGAUCAAAUAUGUAGUGGCCGUUUCCUCUUAUGCACAUCGCCGUAUUAUGAAGAUGAUAAAACCGGGUGAUUGGGAAUAUCAAGCAGAGUCUGAGUUUCUUAAUAUUUGUUACAAGAAAGGAGGUUGCCGACAUGCAUCUUAUACGUGUAUAUGUGGCUCCGGGGUUAAUGGUGCAAUUCUGCAUUACGGUCAUGCUGGUGCUCCAAAUAAAUCCCCAAUCCAAGAUGGUGUUUUGUGUUUGUUUGAUAUGGGGGCAAAUUAUUUUGGUUAUGCAGCUGAUAUAACAUGCACCUUUCCCGCUAAUGGUAAAUUCACUGACGACCAGAGGCUUAUAUAUGAAGCCGUACUCAAAGCAAACUUCGCUGUGCAAAAGGCUGCCAAACCUGGGGUAUCCUGGGUUGAUAUGCAUCUACUUGCUAAUCGUGUGAUGUUGAAGGAAAUGAAAACAAUAGGAUUGCUUAAAGGCAACCUGGAUGAUAUGAUAGAAAGUGGUUUGGCUGCAAUCUUUCAACCCCAUGGAUUAGGCCAUUUAAUGGGCUUAGAUGUUCAUGAUGUUGGCGGUUAUUUGGCUUCAAACCCAAAGAGACCUGAAAAGCUAGGAUUAAACAAACUGAGAACUGCAAGAGUUUUAGAAGCAAACAUGGUACUAACUAUUGAACCUGGAUGUUACUUUAUCGAUCCUCUGCUAGAUAAAGCGCUGCAGGAUGAAAAGCUGUCGCAGUAUUUGGUGCCAGAGGUUUUAGAGCGUUUCAGAGGAUUUGGAGGUGUACGCAUAGAAGAUGAUGUAUUGAUCACAGAAAAUGGAGUUUUGAAUUUAACAUGUGUGCCCAGGACAGUUGAAGAAAUUGAAGAUUGGAUCAACAACAAUCAAGUAGAUGAACUGAAAUACCAGGAUUCUGAACGUUUGUUUGUUUGGUAAACAUUUAUGUUUUACUUUACCAGAUUUUAAACAAAGUUAAAUUGAUUAUUUAAAAAAUUAUUAAUGUUACAUUAUCUAAAUAAUAUAUGUUUAUAUAUU